GAAGGUGGCCGUAGGACUCGCGGGAGCUUCGCGCCUGGCAGGUGGCCCGCCAAGUGAGCGGGAACUACAGCCUGGCCUCUUAGGGGCUCCGGGGCUUCAUGGGUUCAGGUCCAGGGGGCGGGGCCCAGAGGCCAUCUUGGCUGUGGGCGGAAGUUUCCUUCAGAGACCCGGCGAGGGGAAGUCGUUGCGGCCCUCCGCCUGGCGGCGCUAUCUCGGUUUGGGAAUGGGGAAGAGGUGCGUGGGGACUGGCGGCCCCGCAAACAAGCAAAUGCCAAUGGGCCCACGGGCAGACCCGCAAACAAGCAAGGGCCGCUGGCCCCGGGCACGCCUCUACCCGGGCGCCAGCCGGAUGCGGUGCCGCCCCGGCGCCUCGGCCGCGCGCCACCUCUUGUAACUCCUGGCGCCCGCUAGCGGCGUAGCUCGCGCCCAUUCUCGAACAACUGCACGGCGGGCGGGGCGCAGGGCUCCGAGCUGGGGCUAGACCCUGCUCAAUUUGCGUAGUGAACGGUACCCGCGCAGGCGCAGGAGGGGGCGGAGCCGCGGGAGCCGGGGAGCCGGAGUCCCGGGUCCCAGCGACCGGAUCCGGCUCCCCCAGCGGCGGUCUAAGGGCCUGGUGUUGACCGACUCCCGCGGUUGGAGAGUGGACGCAGUGGGGGGAGGGUUGGUGGCAGCGUCCGGAGUCCCGAAGACAGAAGGCAGAGAGCCCCCUACCCCAUCCGGAUUAUUGAAGGAGAGAGAGCCCCUCGCCCAGUUUGAGGAGGGGGAGAGCCCGGUGUUGAACGCCCCCUGCAGCGGCCGCUGCCCCGAGCCAACGGGCAUCGGCCGGCUCUCCCCCUCCUGCCAGGACUACUCGAGCGACAAAGGCCAAGGACCCCGCUCCUUCAGCCUCUGCACCCCUCAGCUCCUGGCUCUAGGACUGACCCAGGGAGGGGACACUCCCCAUCUAACCCCUCAGCCCUGGAAAGGAGACUGCCUUUCUAUCCUCCUGAGUGAGGCGCCCAGGGCCAGGCCCCAGGCUGCUUGUGCCCCACCACAAGGGCGAGUGACCCUCUGUUGCACGGGAGAGCCUGGCCCGUCACAACUUCUUUCCUCCUGAGCUCCCCCAUCUCUGUCUCUGCACCCUGCCACUCCCACCCCUCUGUGUUUAUUUUUAUUUCCCUGGCCCCCUGCCAGCCCCUCCAUCUCUGCCUCAGGAUUCAGGCCUCCCUCCCUGACAUGGAGAGUAACCUGUCUGGCCUGGUGCCUGCUGCUGGGCUGGUGCCUGCGCUGCCACCGGCUGUGACUCUGGGGCUGACUGCGGCCUAUACCACUCUGUACGCCCUGCUCUUCUUCUCCGUCUAUGCCCAGCUCUGGCUGGUACUCCUGUAUGGACACAAGCGACUCAGCUAUCAGACGGUGUUCCUGGCGCUCUGUCUACUCUGGGCUGCCUUGCGUACCACCCUCUUUUCCUUCUACUUCCGAGAUACCCCUCGAGCCAAUCGCCUGGGGCCCCUGCCCUUUUGGCUUCUCUACUGCUGCCCUGUCUGCCUGCAGUUCUUCACACUGACGCUUAUGAACCUCUACUUUGCCCAGGUGGUGUUCAAGGCCAAGACGAAGCGUCGGCCAGAGAUGAGCCGAGGCUUGCUGGCUGUCCGAGGGGCCUUCGUGGGGGCCUCGCUGCUCUUUCUGCUGGUGAAUGUGCUGUGUGCUGUGCUGUCCCGCCAGCACCAGGCAGAGCCCUGGGCCCUCCUGCUGGUUCGCGUCCUAGUGAGCGACUCCCUCUUUGUUAUCUGCGCACUCUCUCUUGCCGCCUGCCUCUGCCUUGUCGCCCGGCGGGCCCCCUCCACCAGCAUCUACCUGGAGGCCAAGGGGACCAGUGUGUGCCAGGCUGCUGCAAUGGGUGGUGCCAUGGUCCUGCUCUAUGCCAGUCGGGCCUGCUACAACCUGGCAGCCCUGGCCUUGGCCCCCCGGAGCCGACUGGAUGCCUUCGAUUAUGACUGGUACAACGUCUCUGACCAGGCGGACCUGGUGAAUGACCUGGGGAACAAAGGCUACCUGGUAUUUGGCCUCAUCCUCUUUGUGUGGGAGCUGCUACCCACUACCCUGCUGGUGGGCUUCUUCCGGGUGCACCGGCCUCCACAGGACCUGAGCACCAGCCGCAUCCUCAAUGGGCAGGUCUAUGGCUCCCGUUCCUACUUCUUCGACCGGGCUGGGCACUGUGAGGACGAGGGCUGCUCCUGGGAGCAUGGCCGGGGCGAGAGCACCAGCAUGUCUGGUAGCCUAGGCUCCAGCAGCUGGUAUGGAGCCAUCGGGCGGGAGCCAGGCUGGUGCGGGGGCAGCCAGACGCGGACCACUCCUCUGCUCUUCUCCCAGGUGCUGGGACCAGGCAGCCACCACCACAGUCUCUACUCUACCCCACAGACGUGAUCCCCUUCCAUCUCUCCCGAGAACAUCCAGACCCCAAUCCCUCCCACCCCAGGCCCCUGUGCCAAGUUCAUCUGCUUCUCCAGGAUCCUGGGGGGAGGGGAGGGGUGGCAGUGGCUGCCUCCUCCCCUGGCCAGCUCCUUGCUACUUCUAUUGUAGUGAGUUUAUGCUGUCCCCUAGGAUGGGGGAGCAUGGCCCUGGCUGCCAGAUGCCCACAGCACCCUGGCAUGACCUGCCGCCUCUGCUUCUACGCUGGAGCCAGCUACCUGUUCUGCACCUGCCACUUAAUAAAAGUGUCUGUGCCCCA